UGAGCAAAUGUGAAUUUACACUUUUCACUUAACGUUUGCUACAAGAGUCCUAGCUAGAGCAUAUAUAUAUGCCCAUCUUUCGACAUAUUUGAGUUCCGAAUGACCGCUUAAUUGGUGGAAGAACGGGGGUAUCAUCGAAUAUAAUAACAAUAAAACAUGCCAUGUGUUUGUGUUGUUAACCGGUCGAUCUGAAGAGUAAUUACCAUUAUGUACGAAAACCACCAUUUACAUUUCAUCAAGCAGACAAUGUUGAAGCAUGAAGAUACCUUUAGACACCAGGUGAGGGAACUUCAUCGACUGUACAAUGUUCAAAAGAAUUUGAUGGAUGACUUGCGAAAUGAUACUAGACAAAACAACAUUGAAUUCAGUCCGAGGGCUACUUUGGAUACUAACAACGACAAGAUAAUAUCUGGUUUGGAUAUUUUAAGACCAGAUAAACUUGAAGAAGAUAUGUUACGCGGAGACGAUAGUGGCACUGCCGAGGACCAAAUAGAGCCCCAUGACGUGGAACUAACUUUAAGUAUCGGCCCUAGCACUAGUAAGAGACGAACACAAAAUUGCUAUCAUCAUCAGAUGGGAGGCAACGAUCCAUCUAAGGUAGUUAUAAAACCAAAUUUGGCCAACUCAAGUACAUUAUUGUACAAUAAUAAUAAUCAAGAUAGCAAGAGGCCACAUUGGCUUUUUCAGGAUCUGAGUCUAAAUAGAACAUAACCAAAUUUAAUUUUAUUUGUUAUCUUCAUGUAUUUUAAUUUGAGGCGUUUUAAUUAGAUGAAUGUAUGUUUUGUACGUAGCAAUUUAUUAUUAGCCUUCUGUGAAA